CUCGUUAUCAUACGUUUAAUAAAACGAAGCAUGAUCGAUUGAAAAUGAAUAAAGCAAGCUGGCGAUCUUUUAUGUUCCAUCUAGAUCACACUUGUUGCAUCGAUUCUGUUUAGACGAGAAAUAUCAUUCCCGUUCACCAUCCUCGUUAGAACAAACAAAAAAAAAAAAAGAGCACAGUUAAACCGACAUCCCAUCGUUAUUCCCCACUAAAGAAACAUCCAAUGACCGAAAGAAGAAGCUCCGACAAAUCAAACACACCAACUGCGUAUUACAUAUUGAAACCUGACAUUGUUGGUUGCAGACCUCCGGGGAUCGUAAUACGGAACGCGAUACCAGCAGAGUUUGACAUCGUCGAAGGUCCUAUGCCCGCUCGGCCGUCGGUCGAGAAAACCCCGUUGACGGAUAAACGAACGAACGCGAAGAAAGAUCUGGUUUACAUGGAUGAGCAUAAAUACGCGAGGAACCCGAAGGAAAAGAAGGCAAGACGAACAAGACAGAAAAAGGAGCAACAGGAAGAGUAUUCGUGCGAGGUUUGCAAACAAAAGUUCAUAAAUCAGGGAUCGUACGACCGUCACAUGAUCAAGCACAGCAGCGAACGUCCCCAUAAGUGCGACGUGUGCGAGAAAGCGUUCAAACGUCGCACGGAGUUGGUGAAUCACAUAGACCGGCACAAGGACAACAUAUAUUCGUGCGAUGUCUGCAGUUUCACCACCAAGAACAGGAUAUCGGUGAGGAUACACCAGCGUAGGAUGCACGAGGCGGACUUCCGUUAUCCGUGCAACCAGUGCGACAAGUCCUUCAUGUCCAACUAUAAUCUCAAGGAUCACAUGACCCGUCACACCGGGGAGAACAACUUCAUCUGCGACAUCUGCGGAAACGCUUAUCCCCAAAAGAGUCAUCUGGCCGCCCAUAAACGAUGCGUGCACAGGAAACCGAACAUCAGCCUGAAGACAUUCAAGUGCACGCAAUGCCCCAAGAGAUUCACCUCCGAAUACAACAGGGACAGACACGUGCGCAUUCACAUGCAGAAGUUCCUCUGCGCAGAGUGCGGCAAGGAAUUCAACACGAAUUACUCCCUUCAGAUGCACAUACGAACGCACACCGGUGAACGGCCGUACGAGUGUGAGAUAUGCUACAAAACGUUCAUCCUCUCCACCCACCUCAGGGUCCACAAGCUCAUCCAUUGCGGAGAGAAGGUGUACACCUGCGAUCUCUGCGAAAAAGCAUUCACACAACGUAGCGGCCUGAUGUCACAUCGGAAGCGACACCCGGGUAAUCAUCCGCCACCACCGCCUGUGUACCUUAACAAACUCGAGUCUUUGAAGGGCAAACUGGACAAGGUAGAUGAAGAGGACAGUUGAACACCGUGGAUACUUUUUGAGGAGACUGUUAAACGAAAAUACUACAUUGUGUGUGUGCGUGUGCGCGUGCGUGGUGUGGUGUUGAUGAACUUUACCGGGAAAUAGUGUCGGAUCGACGGUCCAACGUGUGGGACAGGACUGAACGGAGACGUUGAACGAUUGACUGAAUAUCUGAUUUCGUCGUGUUAUUUAACUGUGUUAGGUUAAACAUGGUCGUGUUGUAACUUAUGAUGAGGGGAGCAUGAUUAGAAACGC